AUGUCAUGCACAGGAAAAACUGAAACCGUCAUAUCUCAACAUCUAAACACCGGUAUGCAAUCUAAUGAAGACCUCCCACUCACCAUGGAUGGUAUCGUUGAAAUACGCACCCCAUCAAUGCAGCCUUCCGUGCAUACUCGCGGAGGCACAACAGACUAUCAUUACGAAGUCAAUGCAGUGCACCCCUUUAUCAGUGAUUGUCACUCUCCUUUCAAUCUUUCGUCUACACGGAUCGCCCCUCUCGACACUGGCGUAACCAUAGCUUUUUCUGGUACUGUCUUUGUCAGCCAAUACCAGGCCAAUCUGAUCGUCAACGUCAACAGUGGUGUCUUAGCUCCGGUGCCUAUGCCAUCCGAAGCAUUCCCGUAUAGCCCCAAUCUCAUCAAUGUCUCGGGGCGAGGUCGAAUCACGCAGCGACACCCAAUUAGACUAGAUCAAAACACAAACCAAUGGUGGCUUCUUAUAUUAACACACACCGCAUUCAUUAGCAGCCUUGAUAGAUUCGUCAAGUUUGAGAUACACUACGUUGAUAAUCAAGAACAUAUCGCCCAAAUGAGAGGUCUGCAUUGCGAACCUGGAGCAACCGUCUCGUUGGAGGGCAUACUCAUCACAUACGCCCAAGAUGCCAGAGUUUGGAUCGCCAUGGUAAAACGCAAACCCUCUCAUGCUCCAAUACUUGACGCUGACACUGCCCUUAAUUACAGACUACGAAUAUCAUCUUGUAAAACCGAAGACACCACCGCAUUUUUCCCGUUCUCAAAAUACUAA